AUGCUCUGCGCUACAGACCACGUCAGCUCCAUCCGUCUUAUCCUGCGCCAGCCGUCCCCAGUCUGGACGAUAUUCACCAUUGAAGAUCUGCAGAUCAAUCCGUCCGGCCAACAGAGUCUCCAGAAAGGGUUUUCCUGGUGGCUGAAUCAUCUUCCCCCAAAGGAGCAACUCCGGAGCCUGAACAAGGGCCUUCCUGAUCCCAACCGCGUGUCCAGCGAGCUGCAGCAGAUGUGGAUGCUAACGGAAGUGAUGCGGUCCAAUCAGAACGCAGCGAGUGUCGGCAGAUUUGACGUGGACGGCUGCUAUGACAUCAAUCUUCUGUCUUAUACAUGAGCGCCGCGUGGUGUCAGGAAUGGGAGGAGCCUCAGUGCAGGAACUGGAUGUCGGAUUGGGAUUGGAUAGAUGGAUCUGAUCCCCAGUGGGUCAUAAGAUUCAGACUGUGAGGAUAAUGUUGUGAGAUUAUUUAUCAUUAAUAAAGGGAAUUUAUACCAUA